AUGACCACCGCGUCCGCCGAACUUUCUCCGGCCUCCGGUACCAACGGUACCUUCGACCCGUCAGCCGUCAAACCUCCAUUCUUCGACAUCAAUGGCAAGAAACCCAUACAUUAUGGCGUGUUACUCUUCCCUGGAUUCCAAGCGCUCGAUGUCUUUGGUCCUCUUGAUGUCUUUAAUUCGCUGUCCAUGCUAUACCACUUCCCCACCAAGUUGACUAUGCUCGCCGCAGACAGCUCUCCGGUAGAGACUUCGCAUCAAAGAGCUGGCAACCAGAUGUUCUCGCAUCCCGAGACGAACGUUUCCCAGAGCUUGAUGGUAGAUCGCACGUUCCAAGAGCAGCUCGACAUUCAACAGGCCGGUGCAUAUGCGGGCGCGCGGGGUGGCGCUAUCGACGUUCUCAUUGUACCCGGUGGUGUCGGUACGCGCAACGACAUGGAUGCCGAAAUUGAGUUUGUAAGGGAAAUAUACCCUAAUCUGAAAGCUCUAUUAUGCGUAUGCACCGGAGCCACCAUUUUGGCUCGCGCUGGUGUUCUGGAUGGCCGACGUGCGACGACGAACAAGCGCGCUUACACAUGGGCGACAAGUACAGGACCAAACGUGAAAUGGGUUGCAGAGGCACGAUGGGUUGUAGAUGGAAAUAUUGUCACGGGAUCUGGUAUCAGCGCGGGUAUAGAUGCGACAUACGCCUUCGUGGGACUGAAUUAUGGUGAGACGAUUGCGCAAGAGCUGGCUGAUAGUGCGGAGUAUGUGCGUUGGACUGAUCCAGAUCAUGAUCCGUUUGCGAAGAGAUGGAACGCCGGCAAUGCGUGA